AUGGCCAAGGCUUCAUCCUGGCGUUCCGGGGCCCCUUCCAUCUGGGGGUCCUGCUUAGCCCUGGGAGCUCGCGACACCGCCACGUCCGAGCUGGCCGCGGUCAAGAUCGUCAAGCUAGACCCAGGGGACGACAUCAGCUCCCUCCAGCAGGAAAUCACCAUCCUGCGUGAGUGUCGGCACCCCAAUGUGGUGGCCUACAUUGGCAGCUACCUCAGGAAUGACCGCUUGUGGAUCUGCAUGGAGUUCUGUGGAGGGGGGUCUCUGCAGGAGAUUUACCACGCCACUGGGCCCCUGGAGGAGCGGCAGAUUGCCUAUGUCUGCAGAGAGGCGCUGAAGGGGCUGCACCACUUACAUUCUCAGGGGAAGAUGCACCGAGACAUCAAGGGAGCCAACCUUCUCCUCACCCUCCAGGGAGAUGUCAAGCUGGCUGACUUUGGGGUGUCAGGCGAGCUGACGGCAUCGGUGGCUAAGAGAAAGUCUUUCAUUGGGACUCCGUACUGGAUGGCCCCGGAGGUGGCCGCUGUGGAGCGCAAGGGUGGCUACAACGAGCUGUGCGACGUCUGGGCACUGGGCAUCACUGCCAUCGAGCUGGGCGAGCUGCAGCCGCCUCUCUUCCACCUGCAUCCCAUGAGGGCACUGAUGCUCAUGUCAAAGAGCAGCUUCCAGCCACCCAAGCUGAGGGACAAGACACGCUGGACCCAGAAUUUCCACCACUUCCUCAAGCUGGCCUUGACCAAGAACCCCAAGAAGAGACCAACAGCAGAGAAGCUUCUGCAGCACCCAUUCACCACCCAGCAGCUCCCGCGGGCUCUGCUCACACAGCUGUUGGACAAAGUCAAUGACCCCCACCUGGGCACCCCCUCCCCAGAAGACUGUGAAUUGGAGACCUGCGACAUGUUUCCAGACACCAUCCAUUCGCGGGGACAGCACGGCCCGGCCGAGAGGACCCCCUCGGAGAUCCAGUUUCACCAGGUGAAAUUUGGCGCCCCCCGCAGGAAGGAAACAGACCCCCUCAGUGAACCGUGGGAGGAGGAGUGGACGCUGCUGGGAAAGGAGGAGCUGAGCGGGAGCCUGCUGCAGUCAGUCCAGAAGGCCCUCGAAGAAAGGAGCCUGACCAUCCGGCCAGCCUUGCCGCUGCAGGAGCUGGAUUUCCCCGAUGACAGUGUAGGAACCAUCAAGCGGGCCCCGUUCUUGGGGCCGUCCUCGGCUGAGCCUCCCACUGAGGACCCUCUAGCCAGCCCCCCAGACGCCCCACCCCCACCCGGCCCGGGUGCUGAGAGCCCCCCCCAGCUCCCCACCGCCUGGACCACCAUGAAACACCAGGAGGAUCCUGAGAGAUCGUCCUGCCACGGGCUUCCCCCAACGCCCAAGGUGCACAUGGGCGCCUGCUUCUCCAAAGUCUUCAAUGGCUGUCCCCUGCGGAUCCACGCCGCGGUCACCUGGGUCCACCCUGUCACCCGUGACCAGUUCCUGGUGGUGGGGGCCGAGGAAGGCGUCUACACCCUCAACCUGCACGAGCAGCGGCGGCUCCAGCAGCAAGUCCCCCUGUCCAUCCCCACCAACCGCCUCACCCAGCGCAUCAUCCCCAGGCGCUUCGCCCUGUCCGCCAAGAUCCCCGACACCAAAGGCUGCCUGCAGUGCCGUGUGGUGCGGAACCCCUACACAGGCGGCACCUUCCUGCUGGCCGCCCUGCCCGCCAGCCUGCUCCUGCUCCAGUGGUACGAGCCGCUGCAGAAGUUCCUGCUGCUGAAGAGCUUCUCCAGCCCCUUGCCCAGCCCAGCAGGGAUGCUGGAGCCACUGGUGCUGGACGGGAAGGAGCUGCCGCAGGUGUGCGUGGGGGCCGAGGGCCCCGAGGGCCCGGGCUGCCGCGUCCUGUUCCACAUCCUGCCCCUGGAGGCCGGCCUGACGCCCGACGUCCUCAUCCCACCCGAGGGGCUCCCAGGCUCCGCCCAGCAGGUGAUUCAGGUGGACAGGGACACAGUCCUCGUCUGCUUCGACCGCUGUGUGAGGAUCGUGAACCUGCUGGGCGAGCCCACGGCCAUGCUGGCGCCUGAGCUGACCUUCGACUUCCCCAUUGAGACUGUCGUGUGUCUGCAGGACAGCGUGCUGGCCUUCUGGAGCCACGGGAUGCAGGGGCGCAGCCUGGACACCAAUGAGGUGACCCAGGAGAUCACAGAUGAGACCAGGAUCUUCCGAGUGCUUGGGGCCCACAGGGACAUCAUCCUUGAGAGCAUCCCCACCGACAACCCGGGGGCUCACAGCAACCUGUACAUCCUCACGGGCCAUCAGAGCAGUUACUAAGCAGGCGCCGGCCAGCGGCCCCCGCUCCAGCCUGGCCUGAGCUCGAGUCGGGUGUCUGGGGCCAGGGGUGGCUCCCAGGCCGGAGGCGCGCAGGCCCCUGGCCUUGUCCUCGUAGGGCAGAAAUAAUCCUGAGAAGAAUUGGGGGCCACCCCACGCCUCUGCAAUAACUGGACCAGAGGAAGCUGCUGUCCCCCCCUUGCAGGCAGCUGGGCCCCAGGGCCCCACAGAAGGCGCCCUGAGUGGCCGGGGCCGCCAGGCAUCCAUUCCAGUGUUUCACAUCUCCUUUCCUCCUGCUGCCAAGCCUGCCCAGGCCCUGUCCCGGGGAACCCCACUAUUUAAGAGAGAGAACUAUAUUGCUAUUAAAGCUGGUUUAAUUCUAAUCCACUGUACCCUCUGCGUGGGGGCGGGGCCCUGCCCCACCUCCCUGCCCCCUCCCUGUGGCGCAUCUUGAAGCUCCUGCCCCGGAGGGGCCACCUGCGCCCAGUGACCCCCUCACAAGGGAGGGGGCCGAGGUGAGGGGGGCCCGCGGCCCCCGCAGGCAGCCGGUGUGCCAGGCCGCCCCACUGCUCUGCUUGGCACAGCUUUUGCACUGGUGACUCCAUGGCAUCAUGCAGGUGGGGGGACACACCCUCGAGGUCUCCCCCCAGAGAGGUUCUCCCCAGGCGCCCGUGGAAGGACCCAGGAGAGGCCGAGCACCUCUGCCCAGACCCUGGCGUGCCCUGGCGCCUCCCUGCUGCCAGGUCGGGAACAGCUGACAACAGGCCGAUGCCCUGGCGAGCUGCACCUGGGCCUGGCCUGCAGGUGUUCCCGAGGGUCCCCAGGGCCAGGCCCUGACUCAGAGGGCCCCACACUGUGCCCACCACUGUCCGCCUUUGCGCGUUGCUCCUGGGUGCCCCUUAGGCUCCGCUCCGCCGGGGACACGCUGCUGGCCGGGCGGGCGGGCGGCACCGAGCAGGCGUGGAGUGUGGAGGCCCUGUCUGGGGGGCUUGAGCCAGGGCCUGGUGGGUCGUCAGGCCUUGAGCCUGCCGCUGUCUCCCUCCUGACUGCGGGCGAGGGCUGGAGCGUGGGCCCCUGUUAAAGAAGCGGGUGCGAAGCAGGAGGGUGGGGGGCGGAUGAGAAUCCUGCAGGAGCCCUGGGUGGGGUGGGCGGCCAGCUCCCCCGGUGCCCCCUCCGAGCCUGACUGCUGUGACCCCUACUGUCCUGGGGCUGAAAUGGCAACGGCGCCAGUCCAGGGGCAGGGUGCCAGGCCCCGUCCCCCCAGGCCCAGGCAGGAGAGGCAGCUUCCAGGUGCUGAAGCUUGCCUGGGCCCGACUGGAAGGCAUUUGAUGGGCCAAGUGUGGGGUGACUGGGGUGCCUUUCCGAACUUGACCUGCCCAGGCUCCCGGAGGAUUAAGUUGAGGAGUGGGGUGGGGGUGAGCCCCCCAGGAGGACUGACUUUGCUCCUGCAGAGCCGGCGGCCGACAGCGCCACCUGGUGGCAGCCGCCAUGGCUCUGAAAGGGGAGGCCCCCCCCCAAAGUGCCAAAGUGGGGAGGGGACCGGCGAGGCCUCUGAGAAAGUCUUGGCUGGCCACAAGCCAAAGCAAGGCCAAAGCCAGAAUAUGUGCUCAAAGCUGAGAAUUGUUAUUUUUUUAAUGUAUUUUUGAAUAGGUAGCCUUGCCCUGGGGGGGCAGUACCCCGUGGACACAGAGAGGCCCCGCUGCCCGGGGCGGGAGCCCUCUGGAAGCCGGUUGGUUGGCA